UUGGUAUGCAGUCUGAGCAAAGGAGUCCUUUCUGUUCAGCUUGGUAAAAAGAGCAGGGACAGACUGGGCUGUGAAAAAUGCAUCACUUUACUGUAGUCCCAGUAAAAGACCAACACCAAUCGGAUUAUGAUAGCUUGGAAGGAGUGACCUGGGUUGAUUACAGAGAGGCUGGGCAUUGUUCAGGAGACCCAAAUGAUACAGUAAGCUCUGACGGUCAUGGAAAUCACAAAGAAGACAGUCCUUUCCUAAACAAAACUGACACUUUAAAAGGAAAUGAAUACUAUGACAGAAAUUUGGCCUUAUUUGAGGAAGAACUGGACAUUCGACCAAAGGUGUCAUCUCUCCUUAGCAGAUUGGCUAAUUACACAAACAUCACUCAAGGAGCAAAGGAACAUGAGGAAGCGGAAAGUGCAGAAAUUUCCAGGAAAAGACCACCCAAGUCUCCCAGUAUGGGAACCCUGAUGGGAGUGUACUUACCCUGCCUACAGAAUAUCUUUGGAGUGAUUCUUUUUCUACGUUUGACGUGGCUUGUUGGAAUUGCAGGGGUCUUGCAGUCUUUCUGUAUGGUCUUCAUGUGUUGCUGCUGCACAAUGUUGACAGCCAUAUCAAUGAGUGCUAUAGCAACAAAUGGAGUUGUACCAGCUGGAGGCUCUUACUUCAUGAUCUCAAGGUCCCUUGGUCCAGAGUUUGGGGGUGCUGUGGGCCUAUGUUUUUAUCUUGGAACGACUUUUGCUGGAGCUAUGUAUAUACUUGGUGCCAUUGAAAUUCUACUGGCCUACAUUGUUCCUGCAGCAGCUAUAUUUACCGCAUAUGAACCACAUGAAGAAACCAGUGCUAUGCUUAACAGUAUGAGAAUCUAUGGGACAAUUUUCCUCACUUUGAUGUGUCUGGUUGUUUUCAUAGGCGUCAAAUAUGUUAAUAAGUUUGCCUCUUUAUUUUUGGUCUGUGUGAUACUAUCCAUCUUUUCCAUUUAUGUGGGUGUUAUCAAAUCAGCCGUUCAUCCUCCAGAAUUUAAGAUAUGCAUGUUAGGAAAUCGAACUCUCUCCAGAAAACUGUUUGAUGUUUGUGCCAAAACCACAGUUGAAAACAAUUUGACAGUGACAACCAAAUUGUGGGACCUGUUCUGCAGCUCUAAAAAUCAAACAGAAACUUGUGAUGAGUACUUUGUUCAAAAUAAUGUCACAGAAAUCCAAGGAAUUCCAGGUGUAGCAAGUGGCAUAAUAAAAGAGAAUCUAUGGAGCAACUACAUGGCCAAAGGGGAGAUACUCCAAAAGCGUUCUUUACCAUCUGUUGAAGCUUCUGGAUCAAAAAGAAAUCUGCCUGUCUAUGUUUUUGCAGACAUAACUACCACCUUUACAAUUUUGGUUGGCAUUUUCUUCCCUUCAGUAACUGGUAUCAUGGCUGGUUCUAAUAGAUCAGGAGACCUGAAGGAUGCACAAAAGUCAAUUCCCAUUGGUACGAUCAUGGCUAUUGCUACAACUUCAUUAAUUUACUUGAGUAGUGUGGUGUUAUUUGGAGCCUGUAUUGAAGAUGUUGUACUUAGAGAUAAGUAUGGUGAUGCCCUGAAUAAUAAUCUAGUUGUUGGAACUCUGGCCUGGCCUUCUCCUUGGGUUAUUGUGAUAGGUUCCUUUUUCUCUACAUGUGGAGCUGGGUUACAGAGCUUAACUGGGGCUCCACGCUUGUUGCAAGCCAUAGCUAAAGACAAUAUCAUCCCUUUCCUACGGGUGUUUGGCAAUGGAAAAGUCAAUGGUGAGCCGACCUGGGCCCUGCUUUUAACAGCUAUUAUAGCUGAACUUGGAAUUCUGAUAGCUUCUCUUGAUAUGGUGGCUCCCAUUCUCUCAAUGUUUUUCUUAAUGUGCUAUUUGUUUGUAAACUUGGCUUGUGCGGUGCAAACACUUCUACGAACUCCCAACUGGCGUCCAAGAUUUAAAUACUAUCACUGGGCUUUGUCAUUUUUAGGUAUGAGCAUGUGCAUUGCCCUUAUGUUCAUUUCUUCAUGGUAUUAUGCUCUUGUGGCAAUGGUAAUUGCAGGAAUGAUAUACAAAUACAUUGAAUACCAAGGUGCAGAGAAGGAAUGGGGUGAUGGUAUUCGGGGCCUGUCCUUAAGUGCAGCUCGUUAUGCAUUGCUGAGAUUGGAAGAAGGUCCACCUCACACGAAGAACUGGAGGCCUCAAUUAUUAGUUAUGCUGAAACUAGAUGAAGACCUGCACGUGAAGCAUCCCAGAUUGCUAACAUUUGCCUCUCAGUUAAAAGCUGGCAAAGGUCUUACAAUUGUUGGCUCUGUUAUCCAAGGAAAUUUCUUGGAAAAUUAUGGAGAAGCACAAGCCGCUGAACAAACAAUCAAAAAUAUGAUGGCAAUUGAAAAGGUCAAAGGAUUUUGCCAGAUUGUAGUUUCUUCAAAGGUGCGAGAGGGUAUAGCACAUUUAAUUCAAUCAUGUGGACUCGGUGGAAUGAAGCAUAAUUCGGUUGUUAUGGGUUGGCCUUACGGCUGGAGACAGAGUGAAGAUCCCAGGGCUUGGAAAACAUUUAUAGAUACUGUGAGAGUCACUACAGCUGGUCACCUAGCCCUAUUGGUGCCAAAAAAUGUUUCUUUUUACCCAAGUAACCAUGAACGCUUUACUGAAGGCCACAUUGAUGUUUGGUGGAUUGUGCACGAUGGAGGCAUGUUGAUGCUGCUUCCAUUUCUUCUUCGGCAGCACAAGGUCUGGAAAAAAUGCAAGAUGCGAAUUUUCACUGUAGCCCAAAUGGAUGACAACAGUAUUCAAAUGAAAAAGGAUCUCGCAACUUUUCUUUAUCACUUGCGCAUUGAAGCAGAAGUUGAAGUUGUUGAAAUGCAUGGUAGUGAUAUUUCAGCUUAUACAUAUGAACGGACUCUCAUGAUGGAGCAACGGUCACAGAUGUUAAGACAAAUGAGGCUAUCCAAGACUGAGAGAGAAAGAGAGGCCCAAUUAGUAAAAGACAGGAAUUCAAUAAUUUAUCCAGGAAAUGUGUACUCAGAUGAAGAGGAAGAGGUACAUGUCUACCCUGACAAAAUACAGAUGACAUGGACAAAGGAAAAAUGUGAAUCUGAAAGAAACCGCAAUAGAGCCACCACCCCGAACAGUUUCCGAGAAUUAAUCAGUAUUAAACCGGACCAGUCCAAUGUAAGGAGAAUGCACACAGCAGUUAAGCUGAAUGAAGUCAUUGUAAAUAGGUCCCAUGAUGCCAAACUGGUUUUGCUAAACAUGCCUGGACCACCAAAAAACCAAGAUGGAGACGAAAACUAUAUGGAAUUUCUGGAAGUACUUACAGAAGGUCUGGAGAGGGUACUGCUAGUACGAGGUGGUGGUUGUGAAGUCAUCACUAUUUACUCAUGAACAUGACUACAUUCUAAAGACCUAUGUGAUGGAAACCUGACCGCAGAAGACAUUCCAAACAUUCAUGUCCUAAUAAGCACUCCUUUGGUUGGUCAAUCUUUCAGACAAAGAUUCCCAUGGCUCAUCUUCCAAGCCCAGUGUUGCUUCAGGCAUUAAGUGCAUUCCAAUUAAAUGCAAUUACCUUUGAAAGUCCAGCACAUCGCAGUAUAACCAAGCAAUAUUAAGAUGUGAUAGUUCUUACAAAUGUGAAGGUAGAAGAAAGAUUAAAUUAAAAAUAUACUAUUCUAUACCUGUGCUGAGAAUAAGCUUGGAUUUUGGGCUUGGAAUCCAUGUCUGGAGAAUCAGUACUGAGCUUUGCACUGCUUUUUUGGUCAGUUAUUGAGAUGAGCUGCUAUGGCACUUGAUUGUAAUGCAGCCUUAUAUUAUUGUAUGUAAGGACACAGCUGGCAGAGUCACAAAUUGGAGUUCUGUCUCCAACACUAUAUCCCCUGCUUUGCAGAAUAUGGAUUUUAAGAUACUUUGGCAAGUUUGACUGUUAACGGAUAGCUUUUAACAGUGUUUUUCACAGUAGACACUAAUUAUGAAAAUAGUGGGAUCCAAACUGUCUCGCUGUAUCUUCCAAGGUUUCUGAUUGUGUAAUUGGCAAAAAAACUAUUUAUUUUAGUAUUUAUUUUUUCCAUGUUGUCCAGAAUAAAAAGCACUAUAUGGCUUUUCUUAUAGUAUUACUGAAAAUAAUUAGGACCAUUAGUCGGUGGACCACCAUUUUUAAAUAAAUGUGCUGCAGUCUCAUAUGCAGUGUCUGACAUUGGUGCCCCAGUGAUGGUAAGCUUGUAAUGGCACAGGAAAAGGAGCUGCUAUGUGUUCAAUUGAACAUUUUUUUGCAAAACAAUUGUCAGCCGUUAAAUUAUUCUACUAGUUUGGAGCUUUCCCUUUACCAUAAUGUGCUUUUGUUUACCAUUUUAAAAGUCAAACACAAUGUUAUUUUUCUCAAUAAAGCACUGUAUAAGGUUUCUCAAA